AUGGCAACGAUGGAUGUUAAUAUGGAUAUAGUGCCCGACGGCGAAGCAGUCACUCAGCCACAAGUUUCCUCUGUGGUAUCAAAUGCUCCGAAUAAUUCUGGCUUAAUGGUUGCCUUACAUCCGUUAACGUUAUUAAACAUAUCAGAUCAUUUCACACGUAUCAAGAUGCAGCAACAAAUUCAAAAUCCACAAGUUAUUGGUGCUCUUGUUGGCAUUCAAACUGGUCGUGAUGUUGAAAUCUCCAAUUCUUAUGAGUUAGAAUUUGAUACUAUUGAUGGAAAGGUCCAAAUCAAUCAUGAAUACUUUAUAACGAAACAAGAACAAUUUCGUCAAGUUUUCCCACAAUUUGAUUUCUUAGGAUGGUACACUAUGGGACCUUAUCCAACCGAAGCAGACAUCGAAAUUCAUAAGCAGGCAAUUAUAACAUAUUAUGAUAAAUUAUGA